UAAAAAUAAUGAAUUGAGCAGGAAUAAAUAAAUGGAGUGGGUAAAACUCUAAAUAAAAAACAUUCAGGAAAAGUAAAUGAAUAAAAAAAAACAUAUGAAAUGUGAAAUGAAAAAAAUAUGAGUAGGAAAUGCUGUAAUUUAAACUGGCACAAAGUUUGAGCAAUGUCUUUUUUUAUUCUUUUGGUCAAAAAAAGAGAAGUUUAUUCAAAAAUCUUAAAUAAUAGUUAUAGCCAAUAAUAAUUUUCAAGUUUGUAAAUAAACGUCAGUUUUUAAAUGAUGAUUUCAUUUAUUAAGGGACAACAGACAUCCAAACCUACCUGGCCCUAUGUGAAAUAGUCAUUGACCCCCCUUUAUUAAAUCAUGAAUGAACUGAGAAAACCACGCUGAGUGCCAUUAUCCACAAAUGGAGAAAACUGUGAACAGUGGUGAACCUUCUUAGAAGUGGCCGGCCUACAAAAAUGUCUCCAACAGCACAAGGACAGCUCAUCCAGGAGGUCCCAGAAAAACCCAGAACUACAUCCAAAGAUCUUCAAAGUCUGCUCUGAUCUACAGGAUGAGGUCUUCGGCUCCAGCGGGGUUCCUGGUGCUGCCAUGGCCUGGAAGUGGUGCCCCAGGCUCGGGCUCAGACCCUGGGCUUGUAGAGGACGGCAGGGGGGGUCUGCUGCUGAAGUAUGGAGCUGUGCUGGGAGUCAUUCUGAUCUGUUUCACUGUCCUGAGGAGGUGGAUUGCAGGAGGAGUGUGUAACUGUUCUGUUCGUCUGGACGGAAAAACGGUUCUGAUCACCGGAGCCAACACAGGCAUCGGCAAAGAGACGAGCAGGGACCUGGCACGCCGAGGGGCCAGGGUAGUGAUGGCAUGCAGAGAUCUGACCCGGGCGGAGCAGGCAGCAGAGGAGAUCCGUCAGUCGACCGGUAACGGUAACGUGGUGAUCCGACACCUGGACCUGGCCUCGGUUUACUCCGUCAGACAGUUCGCUAAGGACUUCAUGGACAGUGAGGACAGGCUGGACAUCCUGAUCAAUAAUGCAGGAGUGAUGAUGUGUCCAAAAUGGCUGACGGAGGAUGGGUUUGAGACUCAGCUGGCUGUCAAUCAUCUAGGUCACUUCCUGCUGACCAAUAUGCUGCUUCCCAUGCUGAGGAGCUCCGCCCCCAGCCGUGUAGUCACUGUGUCGUCCAUUGCCCACAAAGGGGGUCGUAUUGACCUGGACGACUUGUUCUUCAGCAGGAGGCCGUACAGCUCCCUGGAGAGUUACAGACAGAGCAAACUGGCAAACGUCCUCUUCUCCAGAGAACUCGCACGUCGACUCAACGGCUCUGGUGUGUCGGCGUUCAGUCUCCACCCAGGUGUGAUUCGCACUGAGCUGGGUCGUCACGUCCACAGCUCGUUCCCCCUGUUGGGGGCGCUGCUGAGCCUCCCCUCUCUGCUGCUCAUGAAGACUCCCUGGCAGGGCAGUCAGACCACCCUAUACUGUGCCCUGACCCCGGGUCUGGAGGCUAAAUCUGGAAGCUAUUUCAGUGACUGUGCAGAGAAGCAGACCGCUCCAGAAGGACGGGACGACGCCGUGGCGAGGAAGCUGUGGGAGGAGAGCGCCCGGUUGGUUGGAUUAAAGGACACUUGCUGACCUCUGACCUCUGAUAAUCUUGUUAUGAAAUGAAAGUAGGAACUCAUUCCGACAUCGGUUUACAGAGAAAAGCAUCAAACGUUGUUGUUUACUUCGUUCUUGUGUGAGAAUAUGGUGCAUGAUUAGAGGAUGAGUUAUGGUGACCUUUGACCUGCAGGGAAGUCCUUUUUUGUUUUGU